AUGGCGACUGAAGGCGAUGUGGAGCUAGAGCUGGAAACAGAAUCGAGUAGCCCAGAGCGACCGCCUGAGAAACCGCGGAAACAUGACAGUGGCGCAGCUGACCUGGAAUGAGUGACCGACUAUGCAGAAGAGAAAGAGAUCCAAAGCUCCAACUUGGAGACGGCGAUGUUGGUGAUUGGAGAUCGAUGGUCCCCCAAAGAGGAACGGGAAAAGGAACUGGCCAAAGUUACAAUCAAGAAGGAAGAUCUGGAACUGAUUAUGACAGAGAUGGAAAUCUCACGGGCAGCUGCAGAACGUAGUUUGCGGGAACAUGGCAACAUAGUAGACGCUCAUAUAACCCUUACCAACUAACCUUUGCAUGGCUAGGCCUUGAUGGAUUUAUUUAUUGCAAUAAAGGUUUUUUCUUUCCACUAAAAAAAAAAA